UGAAACCAGCCCCUAACAAAUGGAGAAGCAAAAGUGGGAGGCCCCGGAGCAGCUUCACUUUCGCUCUGAGGGACGAUACAGUCGUCGUGUUUCAGCGAAUAGCUUGUUAGCUGCGCUAACCUGUUGUGCCUUGACUGAAAACUGCUGCAAGUAUCUUGCUGAGGUUCUCAGGGAAAACCAGGGACUGAAAGAGUUAGCUCUGUCUCCAAGUGACAAGGACGACAAAGUGUUUGAAGGGCUGUGUGAGGGGCUAAAACACCCAGGCUGUAAACUAGAGAAACUACAGCUUUCGCGGGGGUUUAUGACAGAAUAUUGCCGCACGCUUCUCGCUGAAGCUCUCAGGGAAAACCAGGGACUGAAGGAAUUAGCUCUGUUUCCUCCUGGCACAGUUUACAAAGCAGUGGAUCUGCUGUGCGAGGAACUAAAACAUUCAGACUGCAAACUAAAGAGACUCUGGUAAGCUGUCAGUGCUGUCUCUUCUGUUCGAUUGAUAUAACCCUGUAAUGUUAAUUUGUUUAUUUAGGGCAUCCCCCUUAAUUUAAACCAAAUUAAAAUAAAUCUUUUACUCCAGGCCUCUUGAAACUUGUGGUUCAUUUUUAAAGUCUUCGUAACAUAACUUUUCCCUGCAGGUUAUGUACUUACCAGUUUAGGACAACUUUUAAUGAACAUUUUUUCUUGUUUUUACUGAGAAGUAGAAGACAUCAGGAUUAAUCUGCUUUGUGAACAGUCAGAACAUUCAUAGUGUAAAAACGUUACUGAUUUUUCUGCUCAGCAUAAUUACUAUUAGCUUUCCUGGUUGUUCAUCAAUAGUUCAUAUUUGGCUUUGUGGUUUUUUUUCCCAAGCUGUCAUUAUGAAUGUUUAAAAUGAAAGUCUGCACAGAAGGAAGUUCCCUAACUUUUCCUUCUGCUUGCCAAUCACGAAGAUCCAUCUACCCCUAACUCCUGCCCCCUUCCCUAAAAACAGCUUACUUCCCCUUUUAUUCAACUGCUGCCUUUGUUUGAUUCCCAUCCAAUACAUUCCCAAGAAAAAAAUGGGCAAAGGCUGGAUAUAUAUGAAGUAUCUGCUUUUAUUUGGACAGAGUGGCUGAGUAUAGGAAACUCUGUCUUAUUAUUUCCAUGUGUUUGAGAACAGGACAUUGAAAUCUAUCAUCUCCAGAUACUUUAAGGAAUACGGCAUAUUGGCUUACAUUUGGGAAGCAGCGUUCAGGCUGGCUCCCUGUUCAGUCUUCAAUCGCUACUUUGGCAUCCUUUUUCAGGGGUUUUCUGAAUGCGCUCAAUUCAUUGCAUGGUGGGACAGCUCUGAAUUGCAUGUUCUGCAUAUAAACUGCAUAUUCUAUGUUGCAUCUUUGGACAGUUUUUAUCUGCAUAAGUUUAGGAAAGACAGAGGGCUGUUAGAGCAAACAAGUCUGGCCAGAUCAUUUCUGGAUUCAAGGCAGGAGCAUCUGCUGUUAGUUCCUAAUUUAGUUAAUAUUCAAAGAAACAUUUCGUUUUUUAUUCAGUAUUCCAACAAUAGUGUUUUUAUCAAGUUGAUUAAACCAUCUUUUAUAUUCUGUUUUGUUUUGAACUCUUCCCAACUGUAGACUGCCAUAGCAAUGAGAUCUCUAUCCUUUCUGAGAAAAAUGCUUUGCGUAUAAUAUAUCUGUUCCAAUAUAUCUCUCAGGUAUAAUAUAUCUCUCCAGCAUGAGAAGAGACUCCUAGCCUCAGAUCUCAGUGACAAGUUACUAGUAUCUAUCAGUAUUUCCUCAAAAAUCAUUUUUAAACUAACUAACCUGGUUACUUCAGAGUUCACUUCAUCUAUUUUCUAGAGUAAAUUUAAAUAGUACAUUUAGAUAGUAAGUUCAGUUAAAGGCCAGUUAUUAGACCAACCAAAGCACCUUUUCAAUUAGCUGUGUCAAGUUAUAAUUGUCCACCUUAGUGGGGUUUUCCAACCAUCUGCUUACCUACCUUUAUCUCACAUCUGAAAAAAGGCUGCUUAAACGAAUAGCAGAAAGGUGAUAUGCUCAUGCCUGUGUGAAGUUUGAGUACUACAUCUGAAUCAUUUUCCAAGCAUGUUCGUGCAAAGUUUUCUCCACUCUUCCUUAGCUUAUUAUAAUAAAUAUAAGAUUAGCAUAAACUGUAGUUACAUUAGUAUGAUUUUGCCACUGGCUUCUGUUUCAUGAAUGCUAGUAGACUCAGCUACAUAAGCAACUGGUAACAAUGCCCACUGUUCUGUAUACAGACAUUUGUGUAUUUGUAAGUACAGUGGUACCUUGGGUCACGAACUUAAUUCGUUCCACAA